AUGAAUGUGAGCAGAGACAAGGUCGGUGACAUCUCCAUCCCGGCAGCGGCAGCAGCGGCGGUGACAGCCCCCGCGGCCGCGGCCGGCAUCGGCGGGGAGCCCCGCGGCUGCCACGGGGAAGGGAUGGACAGCCGCGGGGAGCAGCGGCUCUCGGCCGGCGGCGAGCUGCCGCUCUACUGCCCUGCCAACCGGGACAGGCAAGGGGACAGCCAGAGCAACACCCCUGGACAAGAGGGGGCAGUGGCCGCGCUGCCCAUGGUGCACAGAACCACCUCCUUCUCCGUGCUCGACAUCCUGGACCCUAACAAGUUCAACAGCAAGCGGCGGCAGUGCGCGGGCUUGUACAAAUCGGCGGGGACCGACUUCACGCUGGGGGCGGAGGAUAAGCCCGAGGACUCAGGGACGGAGCUGGCCGAGCAAAAGGCUCUCGCCGAAGAUUUCGACGCGUGUAAGAAGUCCGCAGAGCUGAUCAAGGACGGGGAGCUCUACAAGGCCGAGGAGUGCGACCUGGACUACAGCAGCCGGCCGAGCCGCAGCCCCGACAGCGAGCUGCCGGACGACGAGGAGCUGUGCAGCGAGGAGAGCGGCAGCACCAGCGGCAGCAGCGGCAGCUCCGGCCCCGCGGCGCCCGGAGAGCCCGACCCGGGCCCGCUCCGAGCCGAGGCGGCCGAGGCGGGGCCCGGCCCGCAGGCCAAGCCCAAGAGGAAGCGGACGGGCUCGGACUCUAAGUCGGGCAAGCCCCGGCGGGCGCGGACAGCCUUCACCUACGAGCAGCUGGUGGCGCUGGAAAACAAGUUCAAAUCCACGCGGUACCUGUCGGUCUGCGAGCGCCUCAACCUGGCGCUGUCCCUCAGCCUCACCGAGACGCAGGUGAAGAUCUGGUUCCAGAACCGCCGCACCAAGUGGAAGAAGCAGAACCCGGGCGCCGACACCAGCGCGCCCACGGGCGGGGGCGGCGGCGGCGGGGCCGGGGCCGGGCUGGGCGGCGGGGCGCUGCCGGGGGGGCUCAGCCCCCUCAGCCACUCGCCGCCCAUGGGCACCCCGCUCUCCAUGCACGGCCCCGGCAGCUACGCCGGGCACCCGGCCGGAGGGCUGGUCUGCGCUGCUCAGCUGCCCUUCCUGCCCAGCCCCGCCGUCCUCUCGCCCUUCGUCCUGGGCUCCCAGACUUACGGCGCUCCGGCUUUCUACACCCCGCACCUAUAA